AUGAGGUGGUACGCGAAACAACGCAUCACCGUCUCUUCCCUGAAGGCCGACGGCCACGAAAGAGUCAAGUUACCCGAACGUAACUAUGGCCACGCGGUCCUGGCCCACGACACGGCUCAAGUAGUUGUCACAAUGCUUGGGAAGAUCGCGUCGAUUGAUCCCUCAACAGGGAUGCCUCCCGUGUAG